GAACACAACCUUCAUUUGAGAAAGAGAGAGCGAUGACGGGAGAUGAGGAGGAAGAGAUUAGGGAGAAUAUUCGUUGAUGCAGUUGAAUUUUCUAAAGAAGAAGAAGAAAAAGAAGAACAGAACGUCGGAGAAGAAGAAAAAGAAGAGAGAAAAUUCUAGUUCUUUUUAAUGGUUUGGAUAAAACAAAAGUAGUUGAAAAAUAUAGUAUCUUUGGUUGUACUUUGAAGUUUGUUCAAUUCACAAGGGUGAUUGAGCAAUUAUUAAAUAAGUUAAACGAGAGCAAGCAAUGUCUGCAACAGGGAGUUCCAGUUUGCCGGAACCGGAGUCCUACCGGCAUCUCGUCAAGGAGGUGAGAAGUCACGAGGUUGCUAUAGCUGAGCUCAGUAACCUUCCUGAUUCUAGGGCUGUCUACCAGAGAAAUGGCAAUCUAUUCUUCCGUACAACUGCUGAGAAAGCAACAAUGUCAGAACAAAAACAAGUGGACAUGGUCAAAUCUAAGUUACAAAAAUUAAGCUCCUAACGAGUCAACAAGUUCCAUUCAGCUUAAGAGGUUGGAAAGAGGUAAAGAGUGAAUCUCAAUUACUUGUUAGGUUAUAAGCAACUUUACAGACUAUAUACCUGUUGAAGUUGGUAUUACCAAAGUGUUUUUGACUUUAAAGUAUUGGUAUUACCAUAUUGUUAUUGCUAGAUUUGAUUAUUUUUAAUUUCAAUGUGCUACAUGAAAUUACGUACUUGUGUAAUUUUAUAAGUAGUCAGAUUUGCAAGUUUGGGUCCAUCAGACCCGAACUGUCCGCUUCUCGUUGUAUGAAUGCAAGUGAGAUUCGGAGAGUUGUUAUUGGAUUGAAGAGCACGUUAACAGAGAGGGUUAACUAUUUUGACUGAAGACUUAUUAUAUAAUCUGAAUUAAAUUUAAUGUUAUUGACAUAUUUAUUAUUUA